ACCUUUGACUCUUGAGUUUGGUCUGUACGCUCGCUUUAACUUUGACUCGUAAGUCACGAUCCCAACGCUCGUUAUGACUCCCGUACCCACCCGUCCGUUGAGUUCUUCCGAUGCCGCUGACAAGGCUCGAUCCCUCAGCGCCUUGCAUCCGCCAGUGCUGCAGUUCGGCGAAUGGGGAGCCGACCGGUAUCUGGGGAAGCGGAGCGGAGAGUCGAGAGGCGGCGCUGAGGGGGGAAGCGCGCCGGUGCUUCAGCGACCCGCUCGCUGCGGCGAUUAUCUGUCGAAAUACGCCGAUCGAAGCGACGCGUUUGUGGUUAUCGACAACGGCUCGCACCGCUGCCGUAUAGGGUGGGGCGGGGAGGCGGAUCCGCGGGUGGACUUUAGGAGCAUGGUGGGGCGACCGCGGCCUAGAAGCGGGGGCUCUCAGGUGACGGUGGUGGGCGACUUCGACCCCUCCUCGCCGGCCUUGAGGCCGCUGGAGUUCGGGCGGCAGUCCAUCCGCUCGCCCUUUGAGUCCAACGUCGUCUACAACUUCGAGCUCAUGGAAUGCAUAUUUGAUUACGCAUUUGACCGCUUGGGGGUAGAAGGCAGCGGCAGGGUAGACCACCCUGUGCUACUAACGGAGGCUCCCUGUGCGCCCCUGCACACGCGCGGCAAGACAGCAGAGCUCAUGUUUGAGACCUACGGGGUGCCAGCACUAGCCUUUGGCGUGGAUGGGGUGUUCAGCUACAGGCACAACCUGCAGCAGGGCGCGAUGAGGGCAGAGCACAGAGGGAGGGCGGAGCAUACAGGGGUGACAGGCGCCUCUCAGCCGUUGCCUGACGGCCUGCUUGUGAACAGCGGCCACUCCACCACCCAUGUCAUGCCGAUGAUUGCAGGGCAGCCACUGCUAGACGCCACUUGUCGCAUUCCCGUUGGCGGGUGGCACGUCACUGACUACCUCAAGCGCCUCCUCACCCUGCUGUAUCCACAACACGGCGCAGCAAUGACAUGGGAGAGAGCGGAGGAGAUGAAGUGUAGGAGUGUGUAUGUUGCCAUAGACUACUCGCAGGAACUCAAGACGUACCAGUCACCGGACGCCCCAGCUGUUUCCUGGCAACUCCCCUGGGUGCCUCCAGUGGCCCCCCAGGGGCCAUCAGAGGAGGAGGUGGCGCGGCGAGCAGCCAACAAGGAGAGGGCGGGCCGGCGACUGAGAGACAUGGCAGCCGCAAAGCGGGCGGCGAAACGGGCGGCGGAGGUUGAGGAGGUGGAGGGGGAGGUGGAGGGGUUGAGAGCGGUGAUAGAGGAGGUGGAGGACGGGGCUGAGGGGAGAGAGGCAAUCAUGCUCCUGUCACGCGUGCGCUGUGCCACCCUCGCCGAGGCACGCGCCAAGCUGGCCAAGCGCCUGGCGAAUCUGCGGAAGCUGAGGGGGGAGGAGGGGGAGGGGGACGGCGGAGAGGGGGGGGAGGGCGGGGCGGAAGGGGAGGAUGGGGAGACAGGGUCGGUGGCAGGAGGGGGGGAGGAGCAGGAUGACUCUGUGCUGUACCCGUUAUUGGAUAUCCCGGAUGCAGAGCUGACAGCAGAAGAGCUGCGGGAGAAGCGGCGGCAGCGGACGAUGAGAGGCAUUGCCUUGGGGCAGGCGCGGGUCAGACAGGCUGCAGAGGAGAAGAAAGCAAAGGCUGCUGCUGAGAGGGACGAGGAGGAGAGGAGGCGAAGGGAGAAUCCCGAGGCCUAUGCAGCAGAGCUGAAGGCUCGGUUUCAGGUGCUGCAGGCGGGACUGCAGCAGCGGAAGCGCAGGAAGAUGGGCGGAGGGGGGGUGGUGGCGCUUGGUGCUGUUGCGUGCGUAUUAGCGGGGGUUAAUAAUGGAGGGGAAGGGGAAGAGUCAGGGGGAAAGAGCAUUGGGUCAGAGGGAGUGGCAGGUGGAACGGAGUCAAUGCCAGGAGCAGGAGGAGAAGGGGGAGGAGGAGCAGCAGCAGCAGCAGCAGCAGGAGUUUCUGUUCUCUCUUCUGCUCCCGUCCUCUCUCUCGCGGCAGCAGCAGCAGCCGCAGCGUCAGGGAAGGCAAUGAGAGGCGCAACUCUGGACAUCACCCCCAUGGGCGGGGCUGUUGGCACCCUUCCCGGGGGCUCUGGGGUGGGCCUGGGAGGCUCCGGGACUCUGCCUGGCGGGAGAACGGAGCGGAUCACAGCGGCGCAUCGAGAGAGGAUGAAGCUGCUCACUGCUGCUGCGUUUGAUUCGAAGAAAGGGCGGAGAGGAGGGGGAGGGAAGGGAGCAGGAGGAGGAGGAGCGGGAGCGGGAGGUGGGGGAGGGGGGAGGAAGGGGGGAGGAGGGGGAGGAGGGGGGGAUGAUGAUGACUUUGGAAUGAGGGACGAGGACUGGCUGGUGUAUAAGCGGAUGAGCGCCAAGGGGGCGAAGGAGGAGGAGGAAGAGGAGGCGGAGAGGGAGGCAGCAGAGCUGGAGAAAGUGAGAGGCAGACUGCAGGAGGUGUAGUCAUUCUAAUUAUUGGGGGUUGUUGGUUGGGUUGACCAACCCCACAUUUGGGUUGGUCAAGAUUGGAUUUGGUCCUAGACA